AUGUCAUCGAUAAAGCACCUGCUGAUCCUCUUGGUGCUGGUUUGCGCUGCAACAACUGCAUUGGGUCGCAAGGUGAAGCGAAAGGAUGGUCACUAUCGUCUUAAUGUACCACCUCCACCACCUCCAGCAACUCAAGCCGCUGCCCAGAGUGUGAUCGUUGAUCACGAAAUUCCUCCUUACACCUUUGAGGCAAUAAAUCAUGAUGAAUUUGCAGCUCCUCAACCUUCCGGGCUUCCCAUAUCGCGUUUCGAGAGCACUGACUACAUUAUCCACAGCAGUAGCGGUGGCAGUGGAACAUUCCUCUCUGACAAUGGAUUGCGAAGCAUAGCCAAGGGUUCAGCGGAUCAGGCAAUCUCUGCUGUGGCCAGUCAAAAUGCAGCCGGAAAGCAGGCUUCCUAUGUGGCCAAGAACACGCUGGCCCAGGCUGCUGCACAGGCUGCUGGCACUGCAGUUGCAGUCCUAAAGGGCAAAGAGGUUCUUUUGAAACGACUGGAGGAUCAGAGUGUGGAAGCCCACAAGGCCAUGGAGAACGAGUUGACGCAAUUGCAACAGGCCAAACGUUCGGCUAAGGCAGCCCAAUAUGCCGCACAGCAGGCCAUUAAUCAUGUGAGUGUUCUAACUGCCGCCUUAAACAAUGCCCAAUCCUCCUCUGAGCUGGCCCAAAAAGCUGCUUCCGAAGCAGCUGCUGAACUGGCAUCCCAAAUUGAUAUGGUGGCUCAGGCAAAGGCUAAAUUGGAAUAUGCCGAAACCCAUGCCUAUGCUGCUCGUCUGGACUACGAGGAGACACGCGAUGCUGCCGAAAAGGCCACACUCUCCGCCCAGGAAGCCCAGCUGAAUGCCAAUGAUGCCGCACUCCAUGCCAAUGUCGAGCUCAGCGAAUCCGUGCACAUUCACGAUAAAAGCGAUUACAAUGUGGCGGAGUCAGCUCCACUGCCGCGUAAUCAUCGACGGCACUAG